AUGGAAAACGAAUCGGAGCCGCCACACAUGCAGCAAACUUCUGAGAAGCUCGUUAAUUCGAUCGAGACUGAUGGCAAAGGCGAUACUGUUGCGACAACAGACAGUGUCUCUGACGAACAAUGGAGGUCCAUGAUGGAUGUUGUUAUGGCCAUAUAUGAAUUCAGAGAGGCGGACGGCCAUGACCCGUCGAAGUUGUUCCAGCGCAGCGUUAACAAGCGCAAUGUUCCCGACUACUACGAAAUUAUUAAGGAGCCAAUGGCCCUUAGUAUCUUGAAGCAAAAGAUCAAUAAAAGGGAAUAUAAAAAAUUCGCCGAAUUUGUGCGAGACUGCGCUUUGAUCCCUCACAAUGCGCAAACCUACAAUCGCCCUAAAUCUCAGGCAUAUGAAGAUGCGCUUGUCAUAAAGUAUUUUAAUAAGGAUGUUUUCAUCGCAGAGUUUCAGAAGUUGGUCAACCAGGGACUAAUCUCUGCCAAAGAAGCCGAACUUCCUGAUCUUGGCGAGAUCCCUGAGGCAGAUCCUCUUCCUGAGGAGGAAGAGGAAGAAGACGAAGACGAUGAAGAUGAAGAGGAAGAAGAUGAUUCUGACGACGAUGGUCGACGGAAGAAGAAACGGGGUCCUCGACCAGGAGGCAAGCGUGAUGGUGGUAAAGAUGACAGUCAAAAAGCAAACGACCCUGAACUGAGGAAGAAGCGAGGCCGGCCACCACGUGUUGAUACUCCAAUGGAAGCUAGGAUCAAAGCUGUGUUGAAGGGAAUUCGAAAACUGAAGGGACCUAGUGGUCUCAAAGUGCGACACUUUGAGCGUUUGCCAGACAAGGCGAUUUAUCCCGACUAUUAUGUGGAAAUCAAGGAGCCCAUUGCUAUCGACAUUAUCAAGCGGAAGUCAAAACGGAAGAAGUACAGCUCAGUUGAUCAUUUCAUGAGGGAUAUGGAUCUCAUGUUCAACAAUGCCAAGGCUUAUAACCAAUCUGAAAGCCAGAUAUACAAAGACGCCGUUGACUUACAAGUGGAAGCUCGUAAGCUUGCUGAGCUUGAGAAAAAGAAGCCAGACAGCCAAUAUCUGAUGGAGGAUGGGCGCCUGCCCCUUCCAGACGGCAUCUUCUACAAGGACGAGCUGUGGAAGGUGGGUGAUUGGGUUCAUAUCCAAAAUCCUAAUGAUGUGACGAAACCUAUUGUUGCACAAGUAUACCGUACAUGGCAGGAUGGAGAAGGAGAUAAAUGGGUUAAUGCCUGCUGGUAUUACCGUCCUGAGCAGACAGUUCAUCACUUUGAAAAACACUUUUAUCCUAAUGAGGUGGUGAAGACUGGCCAAUAUCGAGACCAUCGGAUUGAAGAGAUUGUGGACCGGUGCUUUGUGAUGUUCUUUACUCGAUACAAUCGCGGACGGCCCAGGGGCCUUCCUCCGGAUAAGGAUGUAUACGUUUGCGAAGCCCGGUAUAAUGAAGAAAAACACAAGCUGAAUAAGAUCAAGACUUGGGCGAGUUGUCUUCCGGAUGAGGUAAGGGAGAAGGAUUAUGAGAUGGAUCUUUUCGAUGCUCCCCGUAGAAUCAAGAAGAUCCCCAGCCCUAUCAAACACCUUCUCAAGGACGACGCAAAGGAUACGGACGAUCUUCCAAAACCGACUUGGGGGGCCGAGAAUGCACCACCAGUUGUAGGUGCCGUUCAUCGUCGCCCGCGGGAUGAGAAUGAAUCUCCACCCCCGGAGCCAACACCGUCCCCGCCACCUUCAUUACCUCCCGCGCCUCAGCAGUCAUCGAUCAGUCAACCCUCUACGCGGCCAAGUGUAGAUAACCAAAGCGUUGGUUCCAUGGCUGCAGCUGCGCCAGCACGUUCUCCAGCUGCGCCUGUUCCCCCAGCACAAAAUUCCCCGACGCCAGUCACUUCGAUGACUUUUCAACAACCCCAAGUACCACCCACCCAAACUUACCAGUCUACCUUACAGAGACGCUCUAGCAACUUUGUUCCGCAGUCGCCACACCCGGCUACCUACCAGACACCCUCCCACGCACAUAGCUAUGCGGCUGCACAGCCAUCGCCAUAUACACCGUAUCAAGCCAGCCGCAUGCCAAUGCCUCCCGCAGCGGCGACGUACAAAUCCAAUGCUCCUCGCCCGAUUGAAGUCUUCCAUCUAAGUGAUGCUGCAAAUACGGCGAUUCCAGCAGAUAUCCGAGAGCAGUUUCAUUGUGAUAAUCAAGGGCAUGUGCUUUUCUUCUCCUCUCCACCGCUGGAUGUUAUUCCAUCAGUGCAACAAAAGCUAGGCCAUUCGCUCAAGUACUUGGCAGCGAAAGAGGAACGUCGCAAGCUAGUAGAGAAGAAAAAACGCAAGGAAUUGCACGACCGGGAAGAACGAGAAAUGAGUGCCAAACGCCAGCGGGCCGAUGAUGAGACGGCUCUUGCGGCCCAGGUGGAAGGCCUGGCUGCGAAGGCGGUCGAUGCCAUGACAAGCCAAAUAUUGGCAGGUACAGAUACGAUCUACAGGAUCUUGUAUAAAGAGGAAGCGGAUAGCUCUCAAUUGGCGGAUGCGAAGGCACGUGAGCAAAAGAUCCGCGAUAACCAUGCUGCUCAAGAAAGAACGGCGCAGAUACUCACCCAGUCAAAAAAAGCAACUUUUGUCAACUUUAAGGGCGGUGCGAUGUACAUGGAUGAGAUUGAUCCUAGAACCUGA